AUGGGUGUAAUACGGAAAAAGACCGCAUCGCGCGGCACAGAGGCCGGCACCAAGUUCCAUUGCGACGUGUGCUCGGUCGACGUCACAUCAACAGUCCGAAUUUCCUGCGCGCAUCCCUCCUGCCAUGAAUAUGACCUUUGUGUUCCCUGCUUCGCAGCUGGGGAAAGCUCCAAGAACCACGACCCGCCUACCCACCCCUUCCAAGUCAUCGAACAGAACUCUGUCCCAAUCUUCCAGCCAGAUUGGGGUGCCGACGAGGAGCUUCUCUUGCUAGAGGGCGCUGAGAUCUACGGUCUGGGGUCGUGGGCUGACAUUUCUGAUCACAUUGGUGGCUACCGCACUAAGGAUGAGGUACGCGACCACUACAUCGACACAUAUAUCAACAGCUCCAACUUCCCGCUACCAAACCGAGCCGAUCCCGAGGAUAAGAGUCUCCAGGAAGCGAUCUCAAAAGAAGAAUUCCAGACGCGCAAGAAGCGUCGGAUUGAGGAGCGCAAAGAGGCUGCUAAGGCGGCGCCACCAACAACACCCAAACAGAAGCCAACCGCUAGUGUACCGGCAUGUCACGAAGUACAAGGAUAUAUGCCUGGUCGUUUGGAGUUUGAGACGGAGUUCCUCAACGAUGCUGAGGAGGCGGUUCAACAUAUGACCUUCGAGCCCGGGGCUGGCAUUGGCCCCAACGGCGAGAUUGAUGCAGAGACCGAAUUGAAGAUGACCGUGGUCGAUAUUUACAACUCACGGCUGACGGCACGAACAGAGCGCAAGAAGGUGCUCUUCGAACACAACCUGUUAGAAUACCGGAAGAAUAUCGCGCUGGAGAAGAAACGCACGAAAGAGGAGCGUGAACUGCUGCACAAAGCCAAGCCGUUGGCCCGAAUGAUGAACCACAAGGACUUUGAUGAUGUGAACAAGGGACUAGAGUAUGAGCACAAUUUGCGCCUGGCAAUCACGCAGCUCCAAGAGUGGCGGCAGAUGGGCAUCGGUGAUCUGAAAGCCGGUGAGAAGUUCGAGCAGGACAAGCAACAGCGUGCUCAACGGAUGGUUCCUCAAGGAUCUUUCGAUCGCUUUGCCACCCCGCGUCCCAAACAGGCUCAAGCCGUUGAACCACCGUCUUCCGCGAAUCAGCUCACUACUCCAGAGUUGCCUCUCCGGCUCCAGAAGGCUGCCAAUCCUCAUAAGCAGCCUGACCCAGCCAAUAUGCCUAUGAAUGACUUUGACCUUAUGUUUGCGACGAAUGGAGAUGCUGCACCCGCGCCGCCUGUGAAGACCAAGUUUGUCGUGCAGCCACUAAGCGGGGUGCCGGCAUGGAAACUGGACAGUGACCGCGCGGCUGAUCUUCACCUCCUCACUCCAGAAGAGAUUGAAGUGUGCAACGUGCUACAUCUCAUGCCCAAGCCGUAUCUGGUCGUCAAGGAAACGCUUUUGAAGGAGGCAAUGAAGCAGGGCGGCAACCUGAAGAAAAAGGACGCCCGUGCGAUUUGCAAGAUCGAGGGCACAAAGACCAGCCGCAUCUACGACUUUAUGGUACACAGCGGGUGGAUCAACAAGGUGUAG